CUGAUGUUUUCCUGUUCAAGCGCCUCCACAUGUGCGCGAUGAUAUGACGAAGCUCGUCUGUUGAACACUUCGGCAUAAAACGAGGAGAAAAACAAUAUUUUGUCUGGAAUGUGCGCCUUCACAAAACUCCUUUGAAGCGGCCAGUAUAGUGCUAUGACUGAAAGAGAGCCGACCACCAUGAAUUGGGCACCAAUGUGGUUCUACGUAAAAAUCUCGGUUUGGACGACGAUAGUAGCGGUUCUAGUCUACGGCCUUCUCAGACUGUUCAGAUGGCGCCAGAAGACGUUCUCUUACUUCAAAGAAAUCGGAAUAGACGGCCCGAAGCCCAACUUGCUAUGGGGAAACUUAGCUGAAUACCACGGAAAGGGUCUCGUGAAAGCCCUGACCGAAUGGUGCGACAAGUAUGGAGACGUGUUCGGUUUCUACAAUGGCGACGUGCCAACGCUGGUGAUCAAGGACAUCGACUUCCUCACCCAUAUUUUUGUGAAAAACUUCCAAGAUUUCACGAGCAGAGGGGUAACCAUGAGAACGGACGAAGAGCACAGCUUCCUGGGACAAAGUCUCCUCCAUGCCCGGGGGCUUCAGUGGAAGAGGACUCGCAGCUGUGUUUCCUAUGCAUUCACCGCCAAUAAGUUCAAACAGAUGGUUCCGUACAUGUCUCAAGUGGCCGACAUAUUCGUCCAAAUACUGGGUGAGAAGGCGGACGAUGGCAAAGAGUACCCAAUGCUGCGUCUCUUCCAAGGCCUGACCAUGGACUACGUGGGUCGGGCUGCGUUCGGCUUCGACUGCACUUUCCAGCGCGAGCUUACGCAUCCUUUCCUGAAGACAGCGCAGAGCGUGCUGCCCGGCGUCAUGACCGGACCUGUGCACAUGCUUGCCCAUAGUACAACAACGAUGUCUAAGUACAUCGCGCCGAUACUUUGGCUGAAUGAAAAGAUUGGCUCAUUCACGUAUGAUAUAUUCAACAAACACACAUCAAAGGUGGUUCAACUUCGCAUGAAAAAUCCCGAGGCGAGGAAGCCGGACAUGCUGCAGACGAUGCUUGAUGUUGAGAGUGAGGAAGGAGAGCUGCCGGAAGCACCACAACUUCUUGAUGCUGACGCAAAGCUUUUCAAAAGAAUGAGUCCAGAAGAAGUUGGCAUCAAUACUACCAUUCUCUUCAUCGCUGGCUUCGAGACAACAGCCACAGGCCUAAGCUACCUCGCCUACGUUCUCGCCAAGCAUCAGGACGUCCAGGAAAAUGUCCGCGAGGAAGUGAAGUCUGUUAUUGCACGCUAUGGAGAACUGGAUUACACGGCAAUAACGCAAGGCUUAAAAUACUUGGCCCGAGUUGUGGACGAGACUCUUCGCAUGUUCCCGCCCGUCGUAACUUUCACAACCCGAAGCGCAGUAAAUGACUUUGAAUAUAACGGCAUCAAGUACAAGGCGGGUACAAGCAUUUUGUCGCCAACUAUUCAAAUCCACAUGGACCCUCGCAUCUGGCCUGAGCCAGAAAAGUUUGACCCCGACAGGUUUUUGCCGGAAAACGUUGCUGCAAGGCCAACAAUCGCAUACCAGCCUUUCGGUGAUGGCCCGAGGAACUGCAUCGGCAAGCGUCUAGCGCUUUUGGAAAUCAUAUACACGGGUGCAAGAAUGGUCGAAAAAUUCAAGCUGACAUUGGGAGAGUCUCAGAAGGGUCGUAUGAAUAUGGACUAUCAUGCCAUGGUCUCAUCGCCUGGUGACGGCCCCUACAUUGUGUUUCAUCGACUUUGAUGAAAUAGGCUCAACAAUCUGCUUCCAUAUGUACAAGACGUUUAAAUUUAGUUGAGUACACAAAUAGGCAUAUUUGCCAACAUGUCAACGUCAAGAUUCCUAAAAUCUUUCAGACACAACAAUGAGCGACGAAAGGAGCAAGGAGGACGAGCAGGUAUUUUUUAAAAGCGCACUGCUAAAUAAAUAUAUGAAGUUCAGCUAGAUUGAAAUACUAGGCUUCUGGGAUGAGGAUUUCGUAAUUCGUAGAGAGAACAGCACUUUUGUAAGCGGGAAAAAGACCCAAAUGGAAAAUCGGAGUUUCACCUCCUGUGGCGGACUGUGAUACCUUUCAUGUGACAUCAGCGCCGGCUGAUUCACAGAGAACAGCACAGAAUGAUAUCACGUGGAUAUGCGUCAACUGAACCGUUUGGCUUCAGCGGCACUACUCGAGAAGCAGAACGGGUGCCUUUCGCGACAAUUUUCUACCCAACUAUGUUGUAUAUUGACAUAGGGUAAGUCAUAAUAAACAUCAAAACAACCAAUCUGUCCAUCUAGCUCGACUUACUGUUUUCCUUUAGCGUGCAAUUGAAAGUAUGCCCUGAGAAGACGCAUUUUGGGGGAUGCAUACACACUUUAAUAACCAUGAUUUAGCUUCAAACCCUGCACACAAGCAGCAGCAGAGUUUGAACAGCAAAGCUUGAGAAGCAAGGCAUUGUGUUUAGAUCCCAGUGACAUUUUAGGGACAUUUAUGCGUCCAGUUUUCCCUAUUUCUGGAAGUUUUCUUAAUAAAUUUGCUCGACGCAA